CUCUUACUGCCAUGGACGCCGCCGCCGCACCCGCACCCAAGCUGCUCGGCCUCUACGAGCAGCCGUGGCUGCGCAAGUCGCGCCCCGCGCAGCCGGCACGCAGCGUCGCACUGCCCACGGCGCCGUACCUGACGCACCUCGCGCUGCUGCCCGGCGCGCCCGCCGUGCUCGUCGCCGCCUCGUCCGACGGCGCGCUGCGUGCACACGACCCGGCAUCGCUGGCGCCGCUGGCAUCGAGCACCUGGCACGGCGGCAGCAUCUCGGCCCUCGCGGCAUCGCCGCAGGGCGCGCUGGCCGCCGGCAUGGACGGCACCGUCGCGCUGUGGGACCCGCGCGUGGGCUCGGCGCCGGCGCUGCAGCUCAAGGGCCCGGCCGAUGCGCCGUACCUCAGCGUGGCCAUUGCGCAGAAUGGCACGUCAGUCGCGGCCGGCACUGAGCUGAAGGGCUACGAGGCGAUGAUUGAUCUGUGGGAUUUGCGGAGCGCCGCAAAGCCCGCGUACAUCUACACCGAAUCGCACUCGGACGACGUGACGAGUCUCUCUUUCCACCCGUCCUCGCAUGCGCAUCUGCUGCUCAGCGGCAGCACCGACGGCCUGCUCAGUGUGCUCGACACGCGGGUAAGCGACGAGGACGACGCGGUGCUCGGCGUGGCGAACACGGGCGCGUCGGUGGCAUCUGCAGGCUGGGGCGGCAGCUCGGCGCAGCAGAGCACAUCUGCUGGCGCAGAGAUGCAAAUAGACGGCGGCGAUGCCGAGCUGGACGUCAAGGAGGCACGCGCCGAGGGCAUGGGUGGCUUCUGGGGCGUCAGCGACAUGCAGACGGUCAGCGUGUGGAACGAGCAGUUCGACGCGACGCUGCCGUCGAUUGACGUGCGGACAGUGCGGUGUCUCGACUGGGAGACGGACUACUGCAUCGAUGCCAGCGAUGCUCGCGCGCUGGCGUGGGACGGCCAAGGAGCCGAUGCAGACGGCUUCGUGUUCUGGGCCGGCUCAAAUAGUGGACGUGCUGCGCUCGUGCAGACGGGCAGUGGCACCUCGGAGAGCUCAACGCCAUGGAAGGUGCUCACGCUCUUGCCCGACACGAGCGCCGGUGGGCACGCCGAUGUCGUGCGGACUGUCUGCUGGGACCGACCGAGCCGCACGCUCUACACCGGAGGCGAGGACGGCCUGCUGUGUGCAUGGGACAUGACCGCCGCCGCCGCAGGGACGGCAGACGAGUCCUCUUCGCCGCUGCCGGCUGGCAGCUUUGCCGGCUCGUUCGACAGCUCGCCAGCUGCCGGCGGCGCAUCGCGGAAAGCAAGCAAGCAGCACUCGCGGCAUACGCCCUACUGACACAUACGCGCUUGAAUUAAGACUCUUGCACGGCAAGGAUAAGGACGCGCCAGACCGGUGACAUCGGAGCCGAGAGGGCAG